UGUAUACUGCCACGUAGAAAAACACUGUUCAUUAUUGAGCAAUCCUUUAACUAACAAGAUUUUUGUAACGAAAUCUGUGAAAUAUAAAGUUUAAUAAAGUUUCAUUCACAUUGACACUGUAUGCAAUAUGGAGUUUGUACCAACGUGGCGACCGAUAUUAAAGCACUCUAUUAUUGCCACAUUUUGAUUAAAUUUCGCUGGUCAUUUUCUUUGAGCACAACUAUCAGUCUCUAAUGUGAUGGAAGCAAGAAUAAAAUCAGCUUUGAGCAUAGUUGUGCAUGUUUGGGAAGGCGAAAAUGAAACAUAUUUUAUUGAUGCAUUCAAGCACAAAUUGGAGACAUUACGCGAGAAUUCGUCAGGAAAUCUUCGCAAGGAUUCGCCAAGAAAUCUUCGCGACAGUUUUUGGCACUUUCAAGAGGGAGUUGUGAAGCUAAAAGUUUUGGAAGGGCGUGCUGCAAAGCAACCAUCGUUGUUAACACCGGAAACAACAACAUCGUUAUCUCAAUCUAAAACGCGCUUUGAACUAGCUGGAAAGAGAGCGAAAGAAGCAUUGGAGGAUGGGUCUUUAAGCAUCGAAGAUAAGAUAACAGCAAGCAAGAUUCGCAUAGCAAGCGCUAUUCUUCAACACUUGGAUAAAUGUGAGUUAGCGACAAGAGAUUUGUUGCGAUGCCUGAAUGAAUUAAACUCAUCGGUUGUCGCGGAAGUAAAGGCCAAAUCUCAAAAAAACUUAAGAGACGAAAUCCUUGACAGUGUAAUACAUAUCAACGUCAAUUUGGCCGAUUUCAUAUUUAAUCACACUUACAAGAGAAUGUAUGUUAUGGAAUGGCCCUUGAUUCAAUAUGGCAAGCAGUUGAUUCAUCCUUUCUUUUUCAAGAACAUCAAUGAAAUUACUGCCACGUCACUACCUUGGUACACAACUGACCUUCGUAAGAAUAUUGAUUUCUUUAACAAGAAAAUGAUCGUAAACAGAGAAGGGGAAUUACUUGUUUUUGAUGGAAAUGAAUUGCAAAAGCUUGACAGCAAUAGCGAGAAGUUUCAAACAUGGUGUACAGAAGGUCUGAAUGUUGAAAAUAGACAAGUUGAAUGCAUGAACGUUGAUGAAAAUGGCAUGGUAUAUCUACUUUUAUAUGGUAAAGACCAUCCGAAUGGCAAUUAUGUGUUGAAACUUUGUUUGGAAAACAGAAUUGUUCAAAAUUGUUCUUUGCAUUUUCUUAAUGACAAAAACUUUAGUAAGAUUUUUCUAGCUGCCACGCCCAAUGACAAAGUUAUCCUUGCUACAGUUAAAAGUUCAGAAGGCAAACGAAGUGAAAUCAAUAUAUAUGUGUGUGACAGUAAAGGUGAACUUAUUAAGUCUUUUGUACCAAAAGUUGAUGAUGAAGUGAAAAGUUUGUCCAUUUCAUCCUGUGAAAAUAUAGCAAUUUUGACAAAUGCAUCUGGCCAAUUUUACCAACUCAUCUUUUUUAAGUUGGAUAAAACGUUUGUCAAAAAGAUAAAAUUUCAUCCACAAGUUGAAGAAAUCAAGGCAUACACUACUCAAGUCAUUUACACUCCCUUUGACAACACUAUCAAAGGUUUUUAUUUUAAAGGGGACAAAUCACACCUUGUUAUUGAAACUUUUUCCAUUGAAACCAAAAAAAUAAAAUGGUUUGUAAUGCUGAAGAAUACAGGAUAUUGUUCAGAAUUAUUUGAUGGUUUGUUUCGUCUUGUUCAUCAUGCAAAUGGAAAGGUGGCUUUGCUUUCAAGUAAAAGUAUAAUUUACAUAAUCAAAGGGAGCAGUGAGCAUGAUGCCAUGGAAGUGAACUUGGAAUGGAAAGAAACCAAUUCCCCGCAUGCAAACACUUCAACCACAGCAGUUAUGAAUUCAGAGCCAUCAGGAAAUCACGAUGCUACAGUAGUGAGUGAUGUUGCCGAAGAUAGUGAUCGCCGGGGAAUUUCUGAAAUAAUAUAUCCUGUAUGGCUGGAGCUUGGUAGAAUGCUGGGCAUACCUGAGGAAAAUUUACAAGAUAGUUUACCUGGUGAAAUAAUAGAUGAUGAAAAUUGUUAUGAGCAUCAUGCCCCUCAACAAUUACCAACUGAGUCUGAUCUGGAAUCAUUUCGUUCAAAAGAUCAGGCAUUUCAAAUGCUGUUGCUUUGGGAAAAGGAAAAAGGAAAAGAUGCUACUAGAAAAAAAAAUUGGCAGAUGCCUUAAUCAGUAUAGGUCGUCGGGAUCUUUCAGAGAAAAUAUUACCAGGGGAAAAAGAAAGCAAGAAUAACGACAUCCAAAGACAAGCAACAG